AUGUCGAGUGUUAGUGAGAUUGAGGGAGAAAGUGUGGAUAUGGGAGGGGAUGAAAAUAAAGUAAUGGGGGAGGAGAUACCGGACGCCCGUGAGAAUAGUUGGAGUAACGAAGAUGUCGAGUUACUUGUAGAGACAGUGCGCUCAAACCCAAUUUUGUACGAUGUUAAGUCAAAGGAUAACAAGAACACUGGGAGGAAAGAACUCGUUUGGUUGAACGUCUCCAACGCUGUAGGGAAGGAUGUUUCUGAGUGCAAGAAAAAGUGGAAAUAUUUGCGAGAUAAUUUUAAUAAAGUCAUUAAAAAGAGAAAGGGAAAAUCGGGAAAGUCCGGAAAGAAAGAAAAACAGUGGGAGUUUUUAGAAAUGCUCAACUUUCUAAAGCCGUUCGUUAUUGCAAAUACCGAAUGUUCUGGUAAUUUGGAAAAGACUCCGGCGCCGGAGGACACUACCGAUAGACAUGACAAUUCUUGUGGCGCAGAUGCAGACAAGGAUGACUGCAGCAAAGCCGAGACCUCACCAAAGAAAAUAAAAAUGUCAGAAAAAGUUGAUGCGGCUUUAUUGGGAUAUUUAGAAAAGCAGGUUGUGAAAGAUUCGAACCACCAUUUUUGCAUGGCUCUAGCGGAUGAUCUAAGAAAGAUGACACCAGCUCAGGCAUCCUUCGCAAAAAUCAAGAUUCAACAAGUGAUGUACGAGGUUGAAUUUCCACAUAAUGCAACACCGGCGCCGGGACGACCUGAUUUUAUUGAUUAA